CCUCCAGCAAAGAAUUAUCAUGCACACGUUGCUUUUAACAUUAAGUCUGCGUUGUACAAAGGACAAAGGUAGCCGUCACAUGACUUAGUAAGAAACGUUGGCUGCCAAUAAUUGAAGUACAAAAUGGGUCAGACUUUUUCUCUGCCAUAUAGACAAGAUAUUGGCAGAGAUUUUGAUGGUCUCAGAAUUCAAGCGACACCGAAGGUGAAUGCUAGGUUUUUUUACGUUAAAUUUUUCGGUGCAAAGAGUGACCAAGAUGCAAGUUUUGAGUUUUGUGCAAGUUUUAAGUUUAGUUUCGAAGAGAAAAAGACUGUUUGUUCCAUCAAGAAGUCGAACAGCUUUUUUAAAAACAAUGUUAAAGAUAUUUAUAGCUUUCCUUUCAAGAUCUCCACUGAAUUUCAAAUGAAAUUUAAAAGAAAGAACGACAGAAAGUUACAGGUGUUUGUGAAUGGUACGGAGUACUUCACUUACGAUAUUGAAAUGGGUAUAUCUUCUUUCAAUGCAUAUGAGGUUGGUGGAGACCUUGAGAAUGGAUAUUGAGAAUAUAAAUUGAAUAGUGUAUUAGCAAAGAAGAUUCCAAAAUAUUUAUGGAAAGAUACGUAUGCUUUAAAAAAUUCAACAAGAUACAUUCACAUUUUGAUAAUAUUUUAGUAAACAUUUUUUUACUUAUAAAAAAUAAAAUAAAUACAUAUUUAUUACAUUAAAAAAUGAUAAAAUAUUGUUGGUAAAAUUUUGUUAAAUAUAAUUUAUAAAUAUAUUUUUGAGCAAAUCAUUAAUUAUGAUGAAAAUAAGUGCUGAAUAAAUAUCUUUAUUUUCAUAUUGAUUAAUAUGACUCAAUAUCCAAUAAUAUGUCUGGAUACUAGUUUAGGUAUAGAAUAGUCUUAACUCAUUUUAACGAAUUAUAAUAGAUAUCGAUAGAUUGUUAGGUAGAUAUAUAUAUAUAUAU